AGAAUAUAAAACCGUGAAGAAAAGCGGCGAUUUUUAAGAAGACGUCAUGCUUUCUGCAACUCCCCUGUAUGGCAACGUUCAUAGCUGGAUGAGCAAUGAAAGGGUCCGCAUGUGUGGAAUUAAUGAAGACAGGAAAAUUCCCGUUAACGAUGGCGAUGCACCGAAAAGCAGACUGGAGUUGAGGGAAGAAAAUCACCUGAAUCACAGUGUGGUGGAUGCGACUACAGCACAUCGCAUUGACAGUCUCGCAGCUCUGAGUAUGGACAGGUCUGGACUCAUGCGAGAAGGACUCAGAGUCCCCAGUAGUAUUGUCUAUUCCAGCUUGUGCGGACUCGGCUCAGAAAAAUCACGGGAUGCUACGAGUUCGAUAGCUGGGCUCGGAUUUACUCCUGAAAGAAAUCCAGAGAUACAGUUUAAGUCUAAUCCCCCCGAAGCAGUAGAAAACGCAGCUGUCUCUGGAAAAGCCCCGAAUGGCUUCAGCGCUAUAUACAAAACGCCACCUGGAAUACAAAAAAACUCUGUCCCGACGGGAGAGACGCUGGGUUUGGACCGAGCUGCGGGUGACAAGCAGAGUCCCCUCGGUGUCAAUGGUGCUAGUUACCUAAGGCUCCCCUGGGUAAACCCCUAUAUGGAGGGCGCGACGCCCACCAUAUACCCUUUCCUUGACUCACCAAAUAAGUAUUCGUUGAACAUGUACAAGGCAUUGCUACCUCAGCAGUCCACUUACAGCUUACCGCAGCACCUGGCUUACUCGCCCGUAUGUACGAACGGUGAACGCUUUUUAUACCUGCCUCCCUCCCACUACGUCGCCCCCCACAUCCCUUCGUCGCUGGCGUCGCCCAUGAGGCUCUCGACUGCUUCGGCUUCACCGGCCAUCCCGCCUUUGGUGCACUGUCCGGAUAAAAGCUUGUCAUGGAAGAUGGGUGUCAGCCCCGGCAACCCCGUUGACGCGCACGCCUACCCCCACAUUCAGAGCAGCAAGCAGCCCCGGGUCCCCGCUGCCAAGCCGGCCCCCGCCAACAUGCCGGCGGACCCUGCGCUCCUGCUGCCCCACUCGCCCCGGCCGUCCCCUCGCCUCCCCCUGCCCGCCCAGGUCGGGGACGCCUAUGCCGAUUUCCACAAACACUUCCCCAGGAUCACCACCUCUCCUUCCUCCGCCGUCACCCUCCCGAAGCCCUACGUCAAUGUCGGUGGCGAAUUUCCACCCUCUCGCCUCUCCAACGGGAAGCUCCCUAAGGGCAGCGACGCUGGGGAUGCGCCCCCGCCGGCCGCCCCCCACGCGCGGAAAGCUGGCCACGACCGGAAAGACGGCAGGCCCCCCCCGCUCCUGGAAAAGCAGACCCCCACCAAAGAUGUCACCGACAAACCGCUGGACUUGUCGGCAAAAGUCGUCGACGCAGAAACCGCCGGCAAGUCGGACCACAGGAGUUACCUGCCGUACCCAGUGCCAGAGGGGAUAGCCAUCAGCCCUCUCUCUCUCCACGGGAAAGGACACGUGUACCCGCACCCCGUCUUGCUGCCCAAUGGCAGCCUCUACCCUGGCCACCUGGCUCCCAAACCCGGCCUCCCCUACAGCCUGCCGGCGGGGCGAGGGGAGUUCAUGACCUACCAGGACGCCCUGGGGAUGGGGAUGGUGCACCCCAUGCUGCUGCAGCACUCGGCUUUGGAGAUCAACAAGGAGGAGAAGGCAGAAAGGCGGUCGCGGUCACACGAGAGGGUCCGCUAUGAGGACCCGGCUCUGAGGGGCCGGUUGCCGGAGCUCCUGGAGAGCAGCGGGAAGAUGCAUUUCGAGGUACCGGGCGACAAGAGCGUGAAAUUGCACCAGAACUCUGGUGGCCAUGGUAAAAACUUGGCCAAAAGCGACAAGCACCUCUUCCCGGAUCUCCUGCGAGACGAGCAAGAGGCUAAAAGCGAAGCAAAUGUAACGAAAGCCGGCUUUGCUACGGAAAGCAGUAAUCAGGCUAAUGACCCUACAAAGCACAAGGCAGAGCAGGCGUCGCAGCACAGAGAUUUUAUUGUAAUGAGAGAGGAGUUUGGAAGAAAUAAUGAUCUUCACGAAACCUAUAAUUUCAAGCAAGCCCAGAGUUCGUCGGUGUUCGGCUUGAGGAAAGAAGAUUUAUCCGUGAGCCAGCCCAAAGAGAGAGUGACGGUCCAGCCUUCGCCCGCUUUCUUGGAAGGCGCUCACGAGGGCGAUGCUCCGGCUCUGGCUUUCGGCAAGGUGCAGGAGGAUGCGAAGCCGUUCUGCAUGGGGACCGCGCCGCCGAGCAUCGACGCCAGCCAGCCCUAUACCAAAGACGGAGCCGACGACGCCGAAUCUGCCGAUGGCAAAAUACUGAAACCCAAGCCGUCUAAGUUGGCCAAGAGGAUCGCAAACUCUGCCGGUUACGUAGGUGAUCGAUUCAAGUGUGUGACGACCGAACUGUACGCAGACUCCAGCCAGCUCAGCCGGGAGCAGCGGGCGUUGCAGAUGGAAGGAUUACAAGAGGACAGUAUUUUAUGUCUACCUGCUGCUUACUGUGAGCGUGCAAUGAUGCGCUUCUCAGAGUUGGAGAUGAAAGAGAGAGAAGGCCAAACAGCUACCAAAGACUCAGAGGUCUGCAGAUUCAGCCAGGCAGACUGGGAAAACUUGAAAGGAAACAGUGAAAAGAAGCCAAAGUCUGUCGCUCUGGAAGAUGCCAUUGCUGACCAAAAUGACAAUGACAGAUGUAACUUUACUAGUACAGAAAACAACCAAGGUCACUUUCUUGAAACUCCAGAGGAAAAAGAUCUCUCAAAUGAGCAAUGUUAUUUAGAGAGACAUUCUAUAUAUGAAAAAGCGGAAGACCAGCCAACAGGAGAUAUUGGCCAACAUCCAUGUCCACGUCUGGACAGGAAGCGUAAACACUCUGGUGAGAGAGUGCAAAAUGAUGGCAGCCAAAAUGAAAACUUUGUGGAUGAACUGCAGGAUGAACUUAUAUCAAAAGCAAAAAAGAAGAAGAACUCCAAAGAUGACUGGCCUGAGAGGGAAAUGACAAACAAUUCCUCUAACCACUUAGAAGAGCCCAAUUGUAAUGAGGUGACCAACCUGAAGGUGUGCAUUGAAUUAACAGGGCUCCAUCCCAAAAAGCAGCGUCACCUGCAGCAUCUUAGGGAACUAUGGGAGCAGCAGGUGUCACCAGAGAGAUCCCCGUCCGGCAAGUUGGGCCGGCAAAGCAGGAAAGAUUUAGCUGAGGCUGUUCAGCCAGAGGCCACUGCAAAGGUCAAAGACUUCACAGAAGAAAGGCACACCAAGAAAAGGUCAGAGGCCAAAAGCAAUAGAAGUUGGUCUGAAGAGUCCCUCAAAACAAGUGACAAUGAACAAGGCUUGCCCGUAUUCCCAGUGUCUCCGCACAUGAAGAGCCUUUCAUCCAGCAAUGCAAACAGCAAAAGGCAGGCUCAGCCAAGCUGUACUCCAGCCUCGAGGUUGGCUGCCAAACAGCAGAAAAUUAAAGAAAGCCGGAAGACAGAUGGGCUGUACACAGACGAAGAGGAGGAUUUCCAACAUGCAUCUCUGCUGCAGAAAUACAGCGAGUGUGAGAAGCCAUCAGGGAAACGUCAGUGUAAAACAAAACACUUGGCACUGCAGGAGAGGAGAAGGAGGUCAUCUCUGACAGGGGAUGACACCACAGAUAUCGAAAAUGCUGAAGAUAAGGUCACCGUAACGAGGAAGGUCAGGAAGCGACCAGAGCCCGCUUCAGACGGCGACUCCUCGCCAGCCAAGUCGUACGAGCAGAAGCUGUAUGAUCGCCUGCAGCAGACUCCCUCGUCACUCCCCGUCUCACAGCCCCCCCAGCUGCCCAUCGCCAGCCCCCCUCAGGAGACCACCCCCAGCCGGCCCAUGCCGCCCGAGGCGCGCAGGCUCAUUGUCAAUAAGAACGCGGGAGAAACGCUGCUGCAGCGGGCGGCACGCCUGGGAUACGAGGAAGUGGUUCUGUAUUGUUUGGAAAACAAGGUGUGUGAUGUGAAUCAUCGUGACAACGCGGGUUACUGUGCCCUGCACGAGGCCUGUGCCAGAGGCUGGCUGAGCAUCGUGCGGCAUCUCCUCGAGUACGGGGCUGACGUCAACUGCAGCGCUCAGGAUGGAACCAGACCAAUCCAUGACGCCGUCGAAAAUGAUCACUUGGAAAUUGUCCGCCUGUUACUCUCUUAUGGUGCUGAUCCAACGCUUGCGACCUACUCUGGGAGGACCAUCGUGAAAAUGACCCACAGUGAGCUCAUGGAGACCUUCCUCACAGAGUAUUUAACUGACCUGCAAGGUCGAAGUGUUGAUGACCCUGGUUUGUACUGGGAUUUCUAUGGCAGCUCUGUGUGCGAUCCGAAAGAUGAAUCUGGAUUUGACAUCUUGGCAAAUCCUCCUGGCCCAGGUGACGAAGAUGAAGAUGGCUUUAGCGAUGUGUUUGAAUUUGAAUUUUCAGAUGAGCCUCCCUUGCCGUGUUACAACAUACAAGUGUGUCUCUCUCAGGGACCACGAAACUGGCUUUUGCUCUCGGACGUGGUGAAGAGGCUAAAAAUGUCAUCUCGCAUCUUCCGCUGCAACUUCCCCAAUCUGGAAGUUGUCACCAUCACGGAGGCAGAGUUUUACAAACAGACUUCCCUCAGCCAGUUGUUCUCUUGCGCUACGGACCUUGAAGCUUUUAACCCGGAGAGCAAAGAGCUGUUGGACUUGGUAGAGUUUACAAGCGAACUCAAGACUUUGCUCGGCUCCUCGCUUCACUGGUUGCAUCCGCACGAGGACCCUCCCUUCGACAUCCUCUGGUGAACCAUCAGGCCAUUUAAUGUACAGUGCUCUAUACAGUUACUUCUUUAUGUAUAUGUGUUCAAAUGCAAUUGUUUCUGUAAAGAAAGGACACUAUUAAAUAUGAAAAUAUCUUUCCUUUAUAUAAGAGAUCUGAAUUCCAGUUGGAUGGAUUUUGGAAGAAUUUUUUUUUAACUUCAAUCAGUUUUUACAAAAUUGUUAUAUAAUGUUUCUUUAAAUGCACACAGGCUUUGGGAUAAGUUUGUUAUUACUCGGAACACAUUUUUUUUUAAAAGAACACACCCACACAUUGACUUUGUUUCAUACAAAGCACUGAUUACACAGAACAUACUUUUUCUAGGUGAUGUGAUCAAAGUCGUGUGGCUUGUUUGGGAGAUAGAAUUCGGUAAGGCACUUGGUGAUAUUAUUUUUGGUUUUUUGUUUACAGAAUUACCUGCUUUGGCCAGGUAAGCACUAUUGAAUAUAAUUCAAUAGUUUGUAAUAUAAAUUAAACCAUAUCCAUACGCAUCAACUAAUUGUAAGAACUUUUAUAUCCUAAUUUAAAAGCUGUGAAAUUUAGUUUUCACACAUCAAACCGGAUUGUUUAUAUAUGUUUAAACAUUUUAUGCUCUUUAUUUAAAGAAGACUUUGAACUAUUUUUUCUGUACCUUGUAAAAUAUUGAAAAACUAACAUAUGUUGAAGUUGCUUGAAACUGUACAUAAACUAAAUUUUCUGAAUUGUGUGUUUAUGUUUGAGAUCUGUGUUUUAACUUUGUAAGUAAAUCUCCUGCCUUUGUAUUUAUAUUUUACAAAAAUUUUCUUAAAGGCAAUAAAACUGUUGAGAAAUGAAG